GGCCUGAUCGCCGCCCACGACCAGUUCAAGUCGACGCUGCCGGACGCGGACAAGGAGCGGGAGGCGAUCCUGGGGAUCCAGCGCGAGGCGCAGCGGAUCGCGGAUCUGCACGGGAUCCAGCUGCCCGGGAACAACCCCUACACCUCGGUCACGCCGCAGAUCAUCAACUCCAACAGCAUUUCCCAGCUGGUGCCCAAGCGGGACCAGGCGCUGCAGGAGGAGCAGAGCCGGCAGAACUCCAACGAGCACCUGCGGCGGCAGUUCGGCAGCCAGGCCAACCGCGUGGGGCCCUGGAUCCAGACCAAGAUGGAGGAGAUCGGCCGCAUCUCCAUCGAGAUGAACGGGACCCUGGAGGACCAGCUGAACCACCUGAAGGAGUACGAGGAGAACAUCGUGGAGUACAAGCCCAACCUGGAGCUGCUGGAGCAGCAGCACCAGCUAGUGCAGGAGGCGCUCAUCUUCGACAACCAGCAUUCCAACUACACCAUGGAGCACCUGCGCGUGGGCUGGGAGCAGCUGCUGACCACGAUCGCCCGGACCAUCAACGAGGUGGAGAACCAGAUCCUGACCCGCGACGCCAAGGGCAUCAGCCAGGAGCAGAUGCAGGAGUUCCGCGCCUCCUUCAACCACUUCGACAAGGACCACGGCGGUGCCCUGGGCCCGGAGGAGUUCAAGGCCUGCUUGAUCAGUCUGGGCUACGACGUCGAGAACGACCGGCAGCCGAAGCGCCGCACGGACUCCGCCGACUUCCGCGCGCUGCUGGGCCCCGCGGGAUCCGGCCUGGGCGACGCGGAGUUCCAGCGGAUCAUGGCCGUGGUGGAUCCCAACGGCAGCGGCAGCGUCACCUUCCAGGCCUUCAUCGACUUCAUGUCCCGGGAAACCACGGACACGGACACGGCCGAGCAGGUCAUCAACAGCUUCCGCGUGCUGGCCGGGGACAAGGUGGGCACGGCGGGGGCCGGGGCGGCCCUGGGGGGAUCCCCCAGGAUCCCCGAGGACCCCCCAGGAUCCCGGAUCCCCGACCCCCCCGCCUCCUACUAUGCAACAGUUGAUUGA